GGCUCCUUGGACGGGCGUGUGGAGGGCUGCCGUCCCCAGGCUCGGGACAGUGCUGGCAGGAGCAGGUGGGCUUCCCCAGCACCCAGGCUGUCUCCAAAGGUGAAUGCUGGUUCGGGAUCACCUGACACCUCCUAGGGCUUGAGGCGGAAGGAAGGGGCCAGGCGGGCCAAUGGCUGACGGGAGUGUGCCCAUCAGCACCCUGGGAGAUGCUGCCUUGGCCAGGCUCUGCGAGCUCCUGGACAACUGCAGCCGGGGCUGGAGAAAACUGGCUGAAAUCGCCGGCGCCGAGAAACGCUUCAAAUGCAGUGAGGAGGAGCUGGAGAUGUGUUCCCUGAAGGUCCUGGAGCCCCGCGGGAGCCCCAGCCAGUGCCUCCUGCAGCUGCUGUCAGAGCGGGACUGCACCCUCAAGUACCUUCUCUGCUGCUUGGAUAAGAUGGGACACACUGAGGCCUUCCAGUUUCUCUCCAGUGUCGUCCAAGAGUCCAUCAGGAUCGUGGUGCAGCCCGAAUCUCAGGUGGUUACAGAAGGGACCCGAGCGUCUUUCAGCUGCUGGGCGACGGGGCCCCCGGGACUCAGCUACCAGUGGUUCUGUGGGAAGCAGGAGGUGCCUGGUGCCACCUCCCCUGAGCUGGUGAUUGACCCAGCCACUCUAGAGACUCCGGAUUGGUACAUCUGCCGCGUUAACCACAGGGCCAGCUUCGCGUUCUCCAGGUGGGCCCGGCUCCAGGUCAAGCGGAGCAGCAGCCCCGCCUCAGCGAGCGGCUAUUGCCCAACAAUGGUGGGACUGCAGAUCCUCUGUCAGCCCCAGCCCUGCAACUUGGACGAAGGGGAUUCCCUCCAGCUGCGGUGCGUGGCCAUCGGGAACCCACCGCCCCAGUACCAGUGGUUCCGAAACGGGAGUCCGAUUGAGGGGGCGCGGAACUCCCACCUCCAGGUGAAGCUGGUGACAACCGCGGAGAGAGGCCGCUAUGCCUGCAAGGUGUUUAACCUCUUCCAGGAGCUGUGGAGCCAGGACACGGUGGUGGAGAUUGGCCCACAGCUGUUUGCCUCUGGAGGCUCCUGGCGGGAGGAGGACGCAGGGAGUGCCCCAGAGCACAACGGCCCCAGCCAGUUGUACGCCACAGACAAAGUGGCUCUGCUGAUGGGCAACAUGAACUACCUGCACCACAAGCACCUGAAAGCACCCAUGGUGGACGUACACGAACUGACCAACCUGCUGCGCCAGCUGGAUUUCAAGGUGGUCUCCCUGCUGGACCUGAGCAAGGACGAGAUGCAGAUGGCCGUCAACGAGUUCCUUCUCCUCUUGGACAAAGGAGUGUACGGUUUGCUCUACUACGCUGGCCACGGCUACGAGAACUUUGGAAACAGCUUUAUGGUUCCGAUUGACGCGCCGAGAUCCUACACCUCGGAGCACUGCCUGUGCGUGCAGAGUGUGCUGAAGAGCAUGCAGCAGCGGCAAACCGGCCUCAACAUCUUCCUGCUGGACAUGUGCCGCAAGAGGAACCUGAACGACGACAUCAUCCCGCAGGUGGGGGCGCUGCAGGUCACAGCCAACAUCGUCUUCGGCUACGCCACGUGUGCGGACGCAGAGGCCUACGAGCUGAGCCAAGGGGAACUGUUCAACGGCAUCUUCGUGAGCUUCCUGAAGCGAUGGCUGCUGGAGGAGGAGAAGAUCACGGUGCUGCUGGACAAGGUGGCGGAAGACAUGGGAACCCUGGAGAUCACCAAGGGCAGGCAGGCGCUGGAGCUGCGGAGUAACCUGUCCGAGCGACGAGCCCUCACUGAUCCAAUUAAACCGUCCGAGGGCCCAGAGGAGUUCUCUGUCAGGAACCUGCAAUGGGCCAAGGCCCAUGUGCUUCCCGAAAGCCGAUACCUCCAGUUCAACUGCGGGGCUCGGGUACAGCUGGGCUUCGCUGCUGAGUUCUCCAACAUCUUGAUCAUCUACACCCGCAUCGUCGAGAUGCCGCAGGAGAUCACACGGUGUGAAGCAAAACUCACAGAUGUCCCGGAGGAGCUGGAUGUGGAUUUGAAAUUUACCAACAAGGAGAGCCCAGAGGAAAUGGGGAGCAGCCUCUCCCUGGCCUGGAGCCUCAGUUUCCCCGAGUGUUGCCUCUACAGCCGCCUCUGUGGCCUGCAGAAGCUGAGGAAAGAACUGGCCUUCACCAUCUGCCUUCAGUACCAAUACCAAGGACUCGACGACUUCCUUGAGGAGAGCCAGUCAGUAAAUAUCGGGAAACCACUGAUUGCAAAGCUCAACCUGUGUGUCAGUGACGGGCCAGGGGCAAACACCCCACUGGCUCAUGCAGACUUGUGUGCAGACGCCUUGGCCGGCUCAUUCCAAAGCACCGGGAGCAUGGAGACCUCCGAGUCACCAGCUGCCUCAGAGACCUACCGGAGUCUGCCUUGUGACUCGCACCUUGGCAACUGGUGUGCUGAAGAUGGCCAGUGGGCAAACACCCCCGAGGAGAACCUGAGCCCUGAGUUCCCAGGCUCUCGCUCCAUGUAGUGCUUGGGGUCUGGCAUAAACGUCACCAUCCACUUCUCUUCCCAGCGUGGACCGAAGGAAACCGCUAGGGUCAGAUUCUGCCCUGGCCUCCACCCCACACAGUUAACAGAGACUGGGAACCGGUCUGUAAAUGGAUCACUGAGCACCAAAUAACACAGGCUAUUGACAGGCGCGAGAGUCCCAGAUCCCAAGGCAGAAGGGACCACUGGGCUCGCCUAGUCCAGUCUCCUGCAGUGCACACCUCAACCCAGUAGGGGCUGCACCGGCCCAGGACUUAGCCGUAGUCCUCCCAGCCAGCCCACGCUGGCCCCUCUGCAUGGGAUCGCAGGGAAACCCGGGCGCUGCUGGGGAGUUGUACUGAGAAAAUAAA